UUACAUUGCCGACUUCUUAGAAUAACGGUGGCUAUACUACUCGAUCAAUGUUUUACUAUGAGCAGCAGAGAAGUAUUAGAGGUACAGUCAAGCAUUGAAGAGAAGACAAUUGAGUGGUUUAGGCCGAAUUAAGACAUUCCGUUCGUGUUCAGCAUUUCUAUCUUCCGAACAACUACUGUAGAAAAUCCGUUCAUAAGGUGCUGGUGUAAUGAGUCCGAGAAACCCUGCAGAUCUGACGCGAUCAAUGCCGUAAAGAACCUGCGAUAUCCAUAGCAAAGCAAAUCCAUGACUCCAUAUUCCGUGGAAGAACUUUUUAUGCCCAGGUGACCACUACCCCCUAAUUUUUAGGUGCCGUUGUCUCGUCUCAUGAUGUUGAAUAUCAAAAGAGAAGAUGUUUGUCUCGGGGGGCUGUCCAUUUCGUUCCGUUCCAAAUGAGAAUGCCCGGCUUUACCAAAUCGCAAUCAGCCGCAAGCGACCACGCAGAGGCCAACCAUGAGAAGAAAUAUACAAGGUGUUUUGCCGGAGAUUUUUGAGGAGAUGAUUCAUCCCAAUCAUCUACUGUUCUGGUGACCUUUCCACAGGCCACGGUCACCAACUGCCUUCAUAAACUUUUGAUGGUAGAGAAUAUAAGCGUAGGCGGAAGUAACAUCAUGAGGUGAGGAGUCCGCCGCCACAACUGGAAGAGGUUGAAGCCCCCCGGGCGUAGAUCUACUUAGUUAGGGCACUGAGACUGGACAUGUCCAGGCUGCUGGCACUUGUAGCAGAUCUUCUCGCCUCCAGUCGAGGCCUUCGGGCAGUCACGAGAGAAAUGGCCAUUCUCUCCGCAGUUGUAGCACUUGCUACCAUUGACACACUCGCGAGACAUGUGGCCGUAGCCACCGCAAGAGUAGCAAGUCUUGCCUCCCUGAGAUCCACCAUAGCCACCACCACCACCUCCGCCGCUGCUGAAACCGCCGCCGCCACCGCCGCCGUAGCCGCCGGAACCGUACGCAUCAGGGCAGUUGCGUGCAAUAUGGCCAACCUUGCCACACUUGUAGCAUUCCUGGGAGCCGCCUUGGCCGCCGCCACCGCCGCCAACUGGGCCGCUGCUUUGAGGGCACUCACGGCUGAUGUGGCCGGUCUGGCCACAUCGGUAGCAGGACUUGGUGUCCUUAGGACCCUCGGGGCAUUCACGGCUGAGAUGUCCGUCUCCACCACAGUUGUAGCACUUGGCCGGGCCGCGGGGAGUGGUACACUCACGGGCCUAAAAUCUGCAGGUUAGAGAUCAUGCCCACUAUCAAGUUUCGAUCCGAUAUCAAUGUAUCUGGUCUCAACAUACCUGGUGACCAGGUUGGCCGCAGUUGUAGCAUGAACGCGUAGUACCUUGGAAAUCCAUUUUGUCUUAUGGUCUCAAAUCUGUCAAAGCACAAAUUGAAUGUUAGUUUUUGAAGAACCCCAAGCAUACAGGGUGUGACAAUCAAGUUGUAGGAAUGAACCCGGUACCAAACCACCAAAUCAAACUAAAGUUCGAAGCAGCAGUGGGACUACUAGGUGCAUAGAGCCAGACUUCAAUGGAUUGGAUCAUAAUGGAUAGAUAAGGAAAGCAUAGGGACGUAAAAACAGGUGUUGCUACAUGAGUAAUAUGUAGGUAAGAAUAGGGUUAAUAGAUAGACAAACUUGUCUAUACCACAGUAAAUAAUCAGUGGGGCGAUAUGAGUGUGGGUUGAUAAAGUGUAAAAGCGCAAAAGCGUAAAAAGCAAUGGUAGUGGGGUUGUGAACUUGUAAUCCAGUGUUUAUGGACGAAUAGAGGGGUUCAUAAUGCAAGAAUUUGACGCGAGAGAUUCAACCUGACUCACCAAGAACUAUCGUAAUCCUUGC